AUGCCCCGCUGGGCCCAACCACCACCCGAGAAAGCCGUACUGCUACCGGACCCGAAGAAGAGCGAUGCGCCGACGCCAGACGAUGUGCUUGCAGACCUCGACCAAGUCGAGCUGCAACUUGUGCAAGUUCUCCAGGAAAACGGCGUCGGCGAAAUCUGCCGCACGAUCAAGCACGAGAUGGACACGGUUUGGGCCGUUCAAACCGGCUUCAAGACGCUGGCGAGUGCCGGUCACUUUUACUUUUCGUGUGGCGAGCAGAUAUUCACGACGACCCCGUCCGAUGGCUUUUACGACGCCGACGGGCUCGUGCUGGCACUCUUUGCCCUCCGCAAGUUCCCGCACCAUCCAGAAUUGCUCUGCCCGGUCCUCGACGCGAUCAACAUUUACGCCAAGCUCGAUGUCGAGCGUGCACUGACGUUUUGCGCUGUCGACGACGGCGUGCAGCUGCUCCUCGACUGCAUACGCAACCACGGUGACAAGCCCGACGUCAUCACCCACGCGCUCAACGCACUUGGCAGCUUGAUGCUCAACGAUGACGUUCGUGUCGCGAUCGCCACAAUGGCACUGACCGACGAGCUCCUCGAUCUCCUCGGCCGGUACAAAGCGUCGCUCAAUCUCGCGCGCGCAUUUUUGUAUCCGCUGAGUAACCUCGUCGUGCUGCGGGAGCUCGGCCAGCAUUUUGUGAGUCGGAACGGUAUCCCGAUCGUGCUCCACGCUUUGCAGAUACACAAAGACGAUGUGCAGACCUCGUGGUAUGCAUUGGCGCUACUCAACGCUCUCGCCACAGACAGCUACCACACGACGAUCAUGGCUUCCGUGCAUGACCGCCGCGGCGUGCGUUUGAUUGCGCGCGCGAUCGCCAAGCACAUUGACGUCGAAGAGAUCGUGCUGGAAGGUCUCCAGCUGCUCGAAUGCGUCGCCAACGUCCCCGACUGCUACCGCGUCAUCAACGAGAACCACGUCUUGGACCUCGCUUACCGCGCCGUCGCCUUGUACAAGGGCCCGGCGUACACGCACACGCGCCUCGAGCUCACGGGCCGCAUCACGACAUUUCAGAAAUGCGCGAUCCAAGACGGUCACAUCUACGCCAUGCACGAAGGCGUGACGCACGGCGACGCAGUGUUUUACUCGGUGUUUUUGCUGCUCAUCGCCAUUUACGCCGCUGUGUCGCCGUACAGUCUCGCGACCAAUACGACCCCGCUCGUCGACCGGCUUCGCGUACCGCCUUUGUUGAAUUCGAUCCCGGAACUCUACGGGUACCUUAACAGCGCGCCGUUCCAGUCGUCGCUCUUCCCAGCGACAUGGUACAACGGUGAGCCGCUCGACAAUCCUCGCAUCGUCUUUGGCAGCCAGCUCCUCAUCGGCGCCGUCCAGGUCCGUCAAGUGCGCGCAACCGCCAACUACUCGCUUGCGACCGUAACCAGCGCGCCAAAGUUUGGCGCCUGGUCGGACGCCGCAGCGUCGCAGUCGGUCGACAUGACCUUGCAUGGAUAUUCGAUCCCUGCCGGCGGCUUUCUCUCGACGCUGCCGACCGACGGGACGCUGGCGCCGCAUGGCAUAGACGUCGUAGCGGUCGCCAAGCUUGAGCGCGUGCUCUUUGGAUGCAUCUCGCUGCUCAUGUGGCUCAACUACCCGCGGUACCUGGCCUUCAAGAAGCUGCGCUACCUUCUCUGCGUCCUCGACGCGUCGUUGGCCAUGAUUGCGAGCUACGCGCUAUACAUGGCGGUCAUCGUCGUUGGCUUUGCCCAGUUUCGGUUCCUCUCGGCGACGUCGGCGUCGCUCUGGCAUCAUGUUGUCGGCGUCUUCCACGACGUCGUGUCUCAGGACACGUCCAGCGCCAUCCGCGGCCAUGGCGCCGAGUGGCCCAGCAUGCUGUACCUCGUCAGCAUCAACGUCUUCGCCGUUCCGUUUGCCACGAUGGUCCUCGCGCCGCAUCUGCGGGCUGGCUACGCCGGCUCGAGUCGCGAGCCGGAAAAGCCCAUCGAGCCGCCCAAGCGCGCGGCAACCAAGUCCAAGCGCAGCUUCAAACGCAGCAUGAACACCUUUACGCGGAGCCUCAAAGCCAUGCUCGAGCAGCGCCAGCGCACGAUCCGGAAGCACGCGUUCGCGCCGUGGGAGCAGUCGGACGUGAGCUGGAGCGAGCGCAGCAUCCACGUGGACGCGGCCAAGCCCUCGACGGCGCCCGAGCUGCUCGCCAAGCUCCGCCGGCUCGUGACGACCGCCGACGCCGACGCGGUUGCGCUCGACAACGGCGUCGCAGGGCUCCUGUCGCGCCUCGAAGAAGCCCACCACCUCUUGCGUGCGCAGUACGGUCUUCUCGACAAGCCCCGGACGCAGACACAGCCGAAAAUGCUUCGGCAGAUGAAGUCGCCGCCCGAGUCGUACGUGCACCGCCGCCACAGCUCCAACAAGUAUGUGCGCGAGGCGAGCUUGGAAGAAGAAGAACUUGUCUGA